UAUAAAAAGUUGCUGUCUGUUUAGUGGAGUACAUCAACGAGCAAACAGCAAAGGAUACUGAACACGUGGAAUCAGAGAGCAUCACGGUCUUCUUCAGUCACUGCAGUGAAGACAAGUCAACGCCAGACGAAAUCUCAAAGCACCUUCCCACAAUGAUGAUGAAGAUCUGUAUCAUCAUUCUUCUGUUUCUUGCGUCAGGCAACGCACAGAUGUCAACCACAGCUGCCCCAGCAGCAACCACAGCAGCCCCAGCAGUAACCACAGCUGCCCCAGCGGCAACCACAGUAGCCCCAGCGGCAACCACAGCUGCCCCAGCGGUAACCACAGCUUCUCCAGCGGCAACCACAGCUGCCCCAGCGGCAACCACAGCUGCCCCAGCGGCAACCACAGCUGCCCCAGGGGCAACCACAGCAGCCCCAGCGGCAACCACAGCUGCCCCAGCGGCAACCACAGUAGCCCCAGCGGCAACCACAGCUGCCCCAGCGGUAACCACAGCUGCCCCAGCGCAAACCACAGCUGCCCCAGCGGCAGCAGCCCCAGCAGCAACCACAGCAGCCCCAGCGGCGACCACAGCUGCCCCAGCGGCGACCACAGCUGCCCCAGCGGCGACCACAGCAGCCCCAGGGGCGACCACAGCUGCCCCAGGGGCGACCACAGCUGCCCCAGCGGCAACCACAGCUGCCCCAGGAGCGACCACAGCUGCCCCAGCCCCAGCAGCAACACAGCUGCCCAGGAGCAGGAGAGCAACCACAGCUGCCCCAGCCACAGGCAACCACAGUAGCCCCAUCAGCGGCAACCACAGCUGCCCCAGCGGCAACCACAGUAGCACCAGCAGCAACCACAGUAGCCCCAGCGGCAACCACAGCUGCCCCAGCGGCAACCACAGCUCCCCCAGCGGCAACCACAGUAGCCCCAGCGGCAACCACAGCUGCCCCAGCGGCAACCACAGUAGCCCCAGCGGCAACCACAGUAGCCCCAGCGGCAACCACAGCUCCCCCAGCGGCAACCACAACAAUCAUAGCCUCUUCUGCGGGUACAUGAGCGUGACCAUUCUUGAGAUCCACACACAGGUCAUGAACGAACGUCCACCAUCGACAUUUGCUGUUGAAAUGAGUAGUCAGAUUAAUAAUAAGAAGGACCAACAAAGCGAGGACCGAGAGUCUCUGGAGGCCGGCGGCGGACGCUGA